UAUAUAAAGCCGUUCCUUCAAUCGUAUUAAGAAACGGCAAUAAAGAGUGUGCAAAAGAAAUGAAUCAUCUAAAUGCUGAGCAGUCCCAAGCGUUUUCAAUAUUUGAAGUAACGGGUCAAUCAUUGUGUGUAAUUAUUGGAGUUACAGGAAACAUUUUUGUGAUAUUGUACAAUGUUCGUUGGAAUACAGAUAAAAAUACAAGCAGCUAUUUUCUCAUAAGUUUGGCUGUUUCAGAUCUUGUCGUUUGUUGGAUCUCUCUUCCAUUGUAUAUUGUAAUGGUAACUCAACUUUUGAUAGGAGUAACCAAACUAUCUGUACCUUGUAAACUGAUCUAUUCCCUUUGGUACGCGACUAUAUCGACAUCAGUUGUGAAUCUCAUGAUGCUCACAAUUGAUCGUUACAUUUGUAUUGCAUUACCCCUAAAGUAUCCUCACAUUGUCACCCAAAGAAAGGUGUCUAUAGCUUUGGCUUCAGCAUGGAUCACUGGUUUUCUUAGCUUUAUUAUGAUAUUUUUCAAUACGAAAAGUUCCAACAUACCAUUUAUAUGUUAUCCAAGCAAAAUAGUUGUUUCAAUUUGCACUAUUUUAUUCUUUCUUCUUCCACUUGGUGUUAUGAUCGUUUUCAAUGUGAAAAUUGUACAAAUUUCUCAAAACCAAGGUCGAAAAAUAGCAGCACAAGCUUCAUCAAUAGAAACAAGUGAAUCAACCGCUACAGAUGAUUUAAACUCACGAAAAAACUUCACACGACAGUUGAAACUCUUCAAAACAAUUCGUAUCGUUUUUGGAUAUUUUUUACUCUGUAUAACACCACUUCCUGUGAUAGUGUUUAUAAAGUUUGUUAUUUGUAAUGGUGGCUGUAUUUCUUUAUACGUACUUCGUGUAGCAAUACUUGUGGCUGCAACAAACUCCGUGACAAAUGCUUUUAUAUAUGGAAUACGUGACAAGGAUUACAGAAGAUCUUUCAAGCUACUGUUUGCACGGUGUUGCAAUUCAUCUGGGUAAUUCAUAGAAAAGAUAAAGAACAUUAUUUCCUAACACCAAAAACAUUUAAUGGUCUCUAAAAGCGACGCCGAAAGAAAUUGCUAAAAACUGAAACUUCUGGCAUGAUGACGUUAUCAUUUUAAAUUAUCUACUCAAAUUAUUGUAAAUGGUUAUUUUACUCAGAUGUAUUCCUAUAGGCUAUAGAGCCUUGAAUAAGUUUAGGUGUUUUAAGAAAUCGUGAGGCCAACUAGGACGAAGAUGAAGAAAACAUUUUCUCUCACUCAGUUUCGUGGGCCUUGACUUACUACUUUUGUUAAUGUUGAAGAUUAAUCUUGGAUAAUAAUGAUGAAAUUUCGCUGUUCCUCAAAUAUUUAAGAAUCUUGGAUGAUACAAGAAGAUAGUUCUAAAGCCAAUUUGUAGUGUAUAGUAAAUACGUAGUGUAAUACAAAAUAUAACUUAAUAAAAUGAGUUGUAUAAAAUAUGUUUAAAUUUUAUGAAAGAUGUUUAGUUUGUCUUUAAUUCAUGUUCACUAUGAUAUAACUAGUGAAUAAAUUGCCUUUUUUUUAUCUUCUCAA